CGCGCGCGCGUCGGCCGGCGGCCACCGGCGUUCUCUUCCACGCUCCCAUGGAUCCCGUCGCCGCCACAUCCUCGGCGUCCUCGUGGCGCCGGUCGGUGAGGUGUCGCGCGCCGGAGGCGGAGGAGGAGAGGGAGCUUGGGCGGAGGGUGGAUGAGAUGGAGACGACGGUGGAGCGGCUGCGGGCGGAGAAGGAGGAGGCCGAGGCGGAGGAGGGGGAGCUGCGCGCAGAGCUUGAGGCCGAGCGCGCCGCGGCGGAGACGGCGGCGAGCGAGGCGAUGCUGAUGAUCGAGCGGCUGCAGCGGGACAAGGCGGCCGCGCUCGUGGAGGCCCGCCAGUUCCGCCGCCUCGCCGAGGGCCGCGCCGACCGCGACCGCGUGAUGCAGGACGAGCUCGCGUCCGUCUCCGCGCUCGCCGCCUCCUACCUCUCCCUCCUCCGCGCCCACGGCGUCGACCCCGAAGACGACGACGACGACGGAAACAACCAGAAGGAGCAGCCUCCCGUCGAACACCCGGACGCGGAGGAAGAAGAGGAGAGCCGCGGCAGCUGCGGCGACUCGGAUUUCAAGGACAAGGUGGUCGUCGCGCGAGCAUCGCCGUCGCUGCCUCCACAGGAGAAGGUGUUCGACCACACGGCACACGUGAAGCGCGCGGCAGCGACGGCGGCCGGGAAUCGCGCCGCCGAUAUGUCGGAGAAUCUGCACGGGAGAGUGGAGGCGCUCGAGGCGGACUGGACGGCAAUGCGCAGGGAGGUCGCGGCGCUACGAGCGGAGCGCGCGCAGGCGGUGCUGGCGAGGGAGGUGGCGCGGAGGCUGCUGUGCCGGGAGACGGCGCCGCAGAAGCCGCGCUUCUCGGUGCUCGCCAUUUGCAAGGUAGUAGCAGAAUAUUUUUCGCAAAUCUGGCGAUAGCUUUGAGCUCCUGCUUGGUUUUGUUAAUUAAUGUUACGAACAAUGCACUUGCUGUG